GGCAGUGGCUCAUCGAGCGCAUGAAAUUAUGGCUUCAUGUUUAGUGGAAUAACAUACGUGGCUAGUUAGUAUAAUAUUUGUUUUUCUUAUCGGACCAAUAAAAAAUAUGUCGACGUUAUCGCGUUAUACAGAUUGUUAUUCAACAAAAUAGAAUAGAAACCAACACUGACAGCAGCAGGUCAUUUGUAUAUACGUGCUAUACUCGAAAAAAUAAAUAAAAAUGAAUGCAACGAACGGAAGCAGAUUUCGUUGUUAUUUUUGCAACAAGGAAAUAGAAAAGGAGACCGAACAGGGCCACAUGACCACCUGCGGUUCCGUUUUGGAACCUUGCCCGAAGAAAUGCGGUUCCUACGUGCCAAGAAAUAUGAAGAACAAACACGCAAAAGUGUGUCAAAAUCGAAGAUCUUUGGGUGAGCAAGAUCUCUAUGGUACGGCCGGAAGUAGAUGCAGAACUUCAAAACUAGAUAAUCAAAAUAUCUACGAAUCGCUGCGUCCUAUGCCCGCAGCAUAUAGCAACAACAGUCACUUGGAACGCACCAUUAACGACCUGAGUUCGAAGAUAAACAGUUUAUUGACCAACCAAUUGGAUUCAACCAGGAUACAUCAGCAGACGAAUUUGAAAGUGAAAAAUGAUUUGGAAAAGUUGGCAAGUCAAAAUCAAUCGAUGCAAGAAUUUCGAUCAACUGUUCAAAAUCAAAUGGACUCGCUCAGGAAGGAAUUGAAAACGUUUGAUAAGCUUAAAAGAGACAACGAGAUCACAAUCCACAAUAUACAAGAGUCUAUCAAGGAGAUCCAACUUUUGUCGCAAGGCUUGACAUCCAGCAAAGUUGCAUUGAAAGAGGAGCAGAUAUUUAACAGAGAAAAUUUCCAUGAAAUCGCAUUGAAUUUGCAGGAAAUCAAAGACAAGACAAUUGAAGAAAACGCGGUGGUCGCUGCAUUGUGGAACGACCAAAAGCAGCAGAUCGAAAGGAUCGCGAGUGAAAAUGAUGAGUUCGAAAAAACUUUUUCAGAAUUAAAUAACAAAAUCAGUUCGCUCGGCUUCGAUAUUAGAGCUGCAGGUGAGCUGUCUACAGAGUGCGUGGAAAAGUUAAAGCAGCAGCAAAAGGAGAUCGACGAAUUGAGAAAUAACUUGGCGCAAACCAAAUUAGACGUCGAAUUAGCUGAAGAUUCGGUGAGCAGUAUGCAGGGAUUAAUUUCAACAACGCCAGGUAGAAUUAUUUGGAAAAUUAGUGAUUUUUUGAUGAAGCUGGAGAGUGCCAAAAAACAAGAAAGAGUGCCCUUGAAGGGUCCCGUUUUUUACAGCGGAGAUUACGGAUAUCGUCUUCGACUUUUGGUGUUUUUAAACGGGCUUAGGAAGUGGAAGGGCAGAUACUUAUUGGCGUGUAUACAAGUUAUGAAGGGAGAUUACGAUGAUUUGUUAAAGUGGCCGUGCAAGAUUGAGGCUAAUGUAGUUUUAAAAGAUUGCGAAAUGCAGGAAAGUGGCAAAGAUUAUUAUAGAUACAUAACAGCUAAAGGGGAGUGCCCGAACGACGAUCUCGAGGACCCCAACGAAUCUUCGACGCAGUACAUCUUCAUACCUCACAGCACUCUAACGAGGAGCAACUAUUUGAAAAACGAUUCAAUAUAUUUGGAAAUCAAAAUAGCAGGAAAAGCUAAAAACGAGACGCACGUCUAACAAUAAGUUUAUUUUAAGUAAUUUAUUAAUGCAUUUUGUACGACAAGUUUAAUAAAGCAGCUGGCGAACAA